CUAUAAACUAACAAGAAUGGUUGAAACUUGCAUUCGUGGAUAAGCUUGUAGAGAUUGUGCUGAGAUGGCUUCGGUUAACGCUCCCAUUUCCAAAGAUUAUGAGUUGAAGAUUGUUAACACAGAAGUUAUAGUGCCUACACUUCUAAUGCAGCAGCACAUCCUUCCUCUGUCAAAUCUAGAUCUCCUUAUUCCUCCAGUUUCUGUCCAUGUGUUCUUCUGUUAUAAAAAUCCCUUUCCUAGGACUUUUGCAUCAGCACUAUCUCAUCUCAAGACUUCCCUCUCGAAGGUGUUAGUGUCCUAUUAUGUAUUUGCGGGAAGAUUGGUUACAGAUAGUAUUGGCCUACCAAAGGUCCAUUGCAAUAACAAGGGAGUUCGCUUCACCCAAGCUUAUGCUGCAGCUCCUCUUUCUCAGCUGAAUUUAUACGACCCUGAUGAGUCUGUGCAGGGGAAGCUUGUUCCUUUACUUUCAAAACCCUUUCAAGAAGAUGGCAUUCCAGUCUUUGCUGUUCAGGUGAUAGAAUUUGGCUGUGGAGGUCUUGUUAUUGGCUGCACUUUCGACCACAGAAUUGCAGAUGCAUACUCUGCAAACAUGUUUUUCACAAGUUGGGCAAAGCUUUCUAGAAAUGACUCAACUGCAUCUCUGAAUCCAAGCAUUACACGCUCCAUAUUAUGCCCUCGAGAUUCCCCUGCUCACUGUGCUGAAAUUAACAAUAUGUAUGUGAGGCAUUGUUCACAAGAAUUCAGCCAAGAAAACCCUCACCCACCUUCUUUAGUAAGUAGAAUUUACUAUCUAGAUGUGAAGAACAUUAUGGAUCUCCAAUUCAAUGCAAAAAAAGAUGGUAAGAGUAACACCAAAUUAGAGGUUUUCAGUGCUUACUUGUGGAAGCUACUGAUAAGCACCCACAAGGUCAAGGACACCAUGAAUUGUAAAAUAGGAAUAGUUGUAGAUGGACGCCAACACUUAAGGGAGAUUGGGAUUUCUGCCAAUUACUUUGGCAAUGUUCUAACCUUGCCCUUUGCUGAGUCUAAUGCUGGUUAUAUAAAAAGCAAACCACUUUAUUGGAGUGCAGGGUUAAUUCAUGAUGCCAUAAAGAGUGCAGCAAAUGAGGAACACUUUCAAAGCUUAAUUGACUUCGUUGAGACUACAAAGCCAACACCUGUCUUAGCCAAGAUUUACUGCGGAGCAGAUGACAUGGAGUCCUCAGGACCUGCAGUUUUGGUGUCUUAUGGACUGUCGUUUCCUUUGUAUGAGGUUGAUUUUGGAUGGGGAAAGCCUACUUUUGUAAGCUACCAUUUCCCUUGGGGUGCUGAAGCGGGCUAUGUCAUGCCUACUCAUAGCCCUGUAGGAGACGGUAGUUGGAUAGUAUACAUGCAUCUUCCAAUGGAACAGUUAAGUGCAAUAGAAACUGAUCCCAAUCGCAUUCUACUUCCAAUCACACAAGAUUUCUUACAUUUGGCUUAGGAAUGUCAUAGAAACCAAGGUGGGUUUAUGUUUGAAGCAUUGUACAAAUAAGUGUUGGAGAUAACUGUAUACCCCAUAUUUACUUUUUUAUAUUGUAAUGUAUUUGAGGAAUUGAAUUUAUUAA